AUGGUCCCCCCGAUCCGAGGAACCAACCGGGAACCGCCCACAAACCGCAGCCCUAACCGACCUCCUACGUCGACAUGCACACUUCCGUCGCCUUGGGACAGGCACCCUCUCGGCAGCACUUCCGACGCUGCAAACCGGCAAAGUCGUACCCAACCUCAAACCCGAGACCGAAAUGAAGACGAAGACAUGGAAAGCAUCUCAUCCCCUGAAUGGGUCACUGAUUCAGACUACAUACCUGACCCGGACUGGCUGACGACGGAGUCGGAGACGGAGUUUGAUGAUGAUGGGGACAUCGACAUCGACAUCCACGACGGGUUUGGGCAUCGAAAUCCAAAUCUCGACGUCGACGUCCAUGAUGACUAUGUUGAUGUUGGCCAGGAGGAGGAUGUUGGUCUUGAUCUUAGUAUCGGCACCCCCACCCAAUCUGCGGAACCGCCUAUUGAUAUUAAGGAUGCGGCGAGUAUACUGAUGUGCCUUCGCACUGUCCCGAGGGUUGUUGGGACUAGCCCUAAUCCUGGUUCUGGUUCUGGUGUUGGUGCUGGUUCUAGCUAUGCUCUUACACGCAGACACGAUACUCACCCUCAUCCUCAUUUUGAUCAUGAGCGUGAACUUGAACUUGAACGUGAACGUGAACUCGAGGAACGAAUCCAAUAUGAGAGAAAUUCUAGAAGAGCCGCGUAUACGCAAGCCAUGACCGGCGCCGGCGCCUCCACUAGGGCUGAGAACCAGCCGGCACUGAGGGAUAAAGGGAAAGCCAAGGGCAAGGAAAGCAACAGGGGGAGGGGUACUGAACAACGAUCGACUAUGCUCUGCAGCGCCCAACCCCAGAGCCCGCGGAGCAGGGAGAGAUAUCAUCCUUAUUCCACGCCUGCGGCUGCCUCGGCCUCUGUUCCUUUGCAUGCGCCUAUCGUUGCUCCUGCGGCUACAUCUGCCUAUGCGGCUGCGUCGAGGGGGAGGAGUAGCGCUGCUAGACCUACCCAUCGACGGCCGUCAACCCUUCAAACCGGACCGCGAGAGCCGGACUCCGACUUUGAGAUGGACAGUGAUGAAGGAGAAAUCAGGCAGCCCCCACGAUACGGUGCACUCACCUCCUGCGGCGGGGCCAUUCGUUGCCGUCCUCGUUCUCGGUCUCGGUCUCUGUCCCGGUCACCACCUACCCUUACCAGCAGGAACAGACAGGCCGCCGCCAGACACGACCGUAACCAGAAACAUGCUACCAGCAGCAGCAGCGGCAGCAAGAACAACAGCAACAACAACAGACCCUCCGCAACCCGGGCACCACGAACCCCCUCCCCACGACCGCGUCCCCGCCCUGAAUCCCCUCCAACCCGGAGAGCGCGGACACGCAGGGAAGCGCAACUAACCCCGUCAACCGAAACCGAGCCCCAAUUUCAAUCCGAGUCCGAAUCCGAAUCCGAAAGCGAAAGCGAACUCGAGGGCGAAUCAACCCGCGAGGUCUGCGGCUUCCAGUCCUGCAACGCACACCAAACCGGCGAGAAGCUGUACCUCCGCAAGAUCAUCUCGCACGUCUUCGGCCGCAACAAGAACGAGACGAAGAGUCUGCCGGACUCGAUGUUCGUACGGUACUGUCGGAAGCAUUACCAGCGCGCGAGGUAUCGGUCUGAGGCGGAGGGGUAUAACAAUAACAAUAACGGUAGUGGGAGUAACAGUGGGAACAGGGGGGGUUGUGGGGGUGCUGCUGCUGUCAAUAACCGUGGGAAGAACUGGACGGACAGGCAGUGUGAGCUCGUCAUGGAUGCCCUGAACAGGAUGAGGAAGUGGGGGGAGGUGCAGGGGUUCAGCGUGGGGUUGAGGAAGAGAGAGGUGCAGAGGAUCGAGUCGAUUUCUGGACUUGCAUCUACGUCUGCGCCUUCUGCGUCUGCCUCUGGAUCAGGAACAUCUCAGGCCCAGGUCCCUGCGAACAAUGCUCCGUCCACCCCCAGCCCCGGCGCCGCAUCAAACACCACCUCAACAUCUACCAUCAUCACGUCCUGGACCAGCAACAGCAGACAAACAGGAAGACAACAACGCCCCUCCAUCGCUGCCCCGGUCCCACAAUGGCUCACCCAAUGGAUCAUAGUACACGAGGGCCAGGUGCUCUCCUUCGACGAGAUAAUCGAGCUGGUGGAAGAUAUCCAGAGAUUUAUUCCGACGGUGGUCCUGCGACCCGGACAAGAGCUGCGGUUUCCGGAUAUUGAGAUUAUCCCAGUGUAUUUUGAGUCGAGGACUAAUACGCCGUCUGGGUCGGGAACUGGAUCUGGAUCGGGUUCUGGUGGUCGUCGGCGUGGGCGUGGUCAAGGUCGUGGUGGACGGGGGAAUGGACAGAGUCCUACGCCUGAGUCUGGUUCUCGUUCGCGUACUGGGGCAGGUUCUUCCCAUCCUCGCAAGCCUCAUUCUGGAGCCUUCUCUGGGUUUCCUAAGAAUCGUGACCGAAAGGGAUAG